CCGGCGCGGCCGCGCGGGGGGAGAAAUGCCACUGCCGGGCCAGGGCCUCCUCUGGUUCGGGGUGGUUCUGGGCUCCAUCUACGCCUCCCGCGAGUCGGCGACGCAGGGCAACCGGACCGCAGAUGCUCUGAAUGUCCUCCUCAUCAUCGUGGACGACCUGCGCCCUUCCUUGGGCUGUUAUGGGGACCAGCUCGUGAGGUCCCCAAACAUUGACCAGCUGGCCUCCCACAGCCUCCUUUUCCACAAUGCCUUUGCCCAGCAGGCAGUGUGCGCCCCAAGCCGCGUGUCCUUCCUCACCGGGAGGAGGCCUGAUACCACCCGCCUCUAUGACUUCAAUUCCUACUGGAGGGUGCACGCUGGGAACUUCUCCACCAUCCCCCAGUACUUCAAGGAGAAUGGCUACGUGACCGCGUCAGUUGGAAAAGUCUUUCACCCUGGGAUUUCUUCCAACCACAGCGACGAUUCCCCAUACAGCUGGUCCAUCCCACCUUUCCAUCCCUCCUCCGAGAAGUACGAAAACGCCAAGACUUGUCGGGGACCAGAUGGAGAACUCCAUGCCAACCUGCUCUGCCCCGUGGAUGUGGCAGAGGUGCCCGAGGGCACCUUGCCUGACAAACAGAGCACCAAGCGAGCCGUACAGCUGCUGGCAAAGAUGAAGAUGUUGGCCGAGCCUUUCUUCCUGGCUGUAGGGUACCACAAGCCACACAUACCCUUCAGGUACCCGAAGGAGUUUCAGAAGCUGUAUCCCUUGGAGAGUAUCCCCUUGGCUCCUGAUCCCCAGGUCCCUGCCGGCCUCCCCCCCGUGGCCUACAAUCCCUGGAUGGACAUCAGGCAGCGGGAGGACGUCCAGGCGUUAAACCUCAGCGUGCCCUAUGGUCCGGUUCCCGAGGACUUCCAGCGGAAGAUCCGCCAGAGCUACUUCGCGUCAGUUUCCUACGUGGAUACCCAGGUCGGCCGCCUCUUAGGCGCCCUGGAUGACCUGCAGCUGGCUGCUGGCACCAUGGUCGUGCUCACCUCAGAUCACGGGUGGGCUCUAGGCGAACACGGAGAGUGGGCCAAAUACAGCAACUUUGACGUCAGCACGCGCGUGCCCCUGAUGUUCUACGUGCCUGGAAGGACGGCCCCGCUGCCAGCGGCAGGCCAGAGGCUUUUCCCUUACAUCGACCCUUUCGCUCCCGCCUCGGAACUCAUGGAGCCAGGCCGGCCAGUCGUGGAGCCCGUGGAACUCGUCGCUCUCUUUCCCACGCUUGCGGGCCUUGCGGGGCUGCCUGUGCCGCCCCCGUGCCCCGUGCCCUCCUUUCAUGUCGAGCUGUGCAGAGAAGGCCAGAGCCUGCUGAAGUAUUUCCGACCACCCACUGUGGAAGACGAGCCGGACCAUGUUACUGGUCCCCGGGAGUCGAUCGCCUACAGCCAGUACCCUCGGCCUGCGGACUCUCCUCAGUGGAACUCGGACAAGCCAAGUCUGAAAGAUAUCAAGGUCAUGGGCUAUUCCAUCCGCACUCUAGACUACAGGUACACCGUGUGGGUCGGCUUCGACCCCCACGAGUUUCUGGCUAACUUUUCUGAUGUCCAUGCAGGGGAACUGUAUUUUGUAGAUUCCGACCCUUGGCAGGACCACAAUGUGUAUAACGGCUCCCUGGGGGGGCCCUCCCGCCGGCGCUGACGCCUUGCGUGUCCCGUGCGGAUGGCAGGUACGCUGAGCCUCUUCCAGCCAGAGGGAGGCGGUAGGCUGCAGGCUUGUAAAUACCCAGGUCAGGAGCUGCCCGAGCGGCCGCCGUCAGGGUGCGCCACGGCCGAGCCUUCGGUCUUCUCUUCAUUAGUUCCCAGGUGGCUGUGGUAGGGCUGCGCUGAACCUUUCCCUUUUUUUUGGAACAGCCCUUGCUUAUUUGUUGAAUAUGAGUAAGUACCAGUGAACAAACUGAAAUUGCCACACCUUGAGCUACCGAGACCACAUAAGCAAACGGUGCACUCAACAAAUACUCUGCGCGUUUGUGGGACUUAGUGCAUUUCUACAAUUCGGUUUGACAGCAAGUUCCUGCUUCCUUUGUUCAUGGUCGUGGUUAUAGCUCAGUAGAUUCACAGCUCUACAUCAGCAUGUAAAAUAUAAAGUCAAACCAUCAUGCAAGAUGCCAAGGCCCCUAAGUCUAAAUUUUAUUUCUAAGACCACACAAUUGCAAAAUCUAAAAAUGAAAUUGCCUGAAAUGAUGAAUGUGCGGAUUCUCAUCACAUAAUUAUACUCAAUAAACGGAAGGCAUGAUGUGUGGGAAAGUCAGCUGAAGUUUCCAGAGAUUUCUGGAGCAAAUAUUAAGGUGGGGGCAAGUAAGACGACCUUGACUCCGGAGGCCACGUGCGGGAAGGCGUCACGCACUGCGCGAGCCGCUUACGCGUCCGGCUGUCCGCGGUGGGGCCGGCCACAGCCACCUCAGCAUCUCCUCCUUCAGGGACGGCUGGGUGCAGACAACCAUGUAUCCAGGAAGCAAAAAGCCCUCUGCUUGUUAUUGCUAACUAAAGACAGCACUGCUUUGUGGCAGACAAGCUCUUUGCAUUAGUCUAACAGGUAGUUCCAGGCCCCCAACGGACUUCUGUGUUUCCUAAGUACGAAAACAAUCAGAAAGGUAGGAUUCAGCCCAGACUGUCAUCCUCCGAGGGUGGCAUAUUCCCGACUCAGUUACAGCCUGGUGAAGCCGGUCUGUUACCUUCUCACCUCACUGCGCCAUGUGCUCGCCUAACGCACGUAGUCCUGUGUCAGCGCGAGUGACGUGUAGUGUCCUCUGUCCAGUGCCACGUCAGUGCUUAAAGGUGAAUGUGCAUGAAACAAACCCAGCGGCCUGGGUCGAGUUGCCGCAGCGUUUAAGUGGUAACCAGAAAAAGGCAAGAUAGUAAAAGAUGACUCCAGUUCAGCCCAAUUGCAGACAGACCUUCCCUGACCCGCCCGCAGUGGGCCGCGCACACCGAGCUCUGCUCUGCGUGGGCGAGCGGCUUCGGCGUCUGCGGCUUCUCAGACGCAGGCUCUGACCCCCUGAGUCAGACCGCCUUUCGCAGGGGCCACUGUCGGUGGCCAUCCCCAUUUCCCAUGAGCACAUUCCCUUGUACAGUUUAGUUGACAUCAGAACUUGCGAUCCCAGCCCGGCGUGGGCCCAGACCACCUCCGCGUGGGCGCCGGUCCACUCUGUGGCCUGUUGACUCUGCCUCUGCCCACAAAGACUUGUCCGGAGCGGGGCGGAGCGUGUCUGGUUUAGGGGCCAGCAGGGAGCUCACUCUGGCUUCAGCCUCCCCCUCCUGCUCCUCCAUCGCCAUGCCCCUCGUACCUCUUUCCUCGUAGUUGACCGCCCCUCCGCUCUCCUCCCCUGCCCCUGAAGGAAUCCACGUGUCUUCCUGGAAUCCCUCUUCGACCCUGCCCUUGACAACACCGUCAGUGCCUACUACUGGGUCUACAUGCCCUCCGCUGAGCAGUCAGAGUCUUCCCUGACUCCACAAAGCCCCUUUCCUCGGCUGACCAGCUUGCUGGUCCCUCGCUUUCCUGGCCAGCCCGCCCCCCUCCCGCCCUAGGCCGUCCCUCCCCUUCUUCACCCGUUCGCGGUCACGGCCAUUCUUCAUGCCCUCUCCCACGCCCCCCAUGAGGCUAAGCAUUUGUGACUCUAGACGGUGCGUGCGAUGAGCGCCGCCCCAGGACCCGUGGCCGCCUGACGUCAACCGAGGCUCUCAACGUAAAACUCGUGACGAUGAUGGGGACAUUGGAAGAGAAGCACAGUAAAGGGUGAGCGUGCGCGACAGUGCUUUUCCCCGCAGACAGUCACGCAGUAUCUCGUCUUUUCUGGGGUGUGAGUUCUGUCUCCUGUGUUCAUGCCACGUGCUUUGCCACGCGGUUUGAUGUUCUCCCCGCCCCGGCACUGUGUGCAGGCACUACAGACUUCUGCAGAGAUGCUUCACACUGGUGGAAAUGCGCUUUCUGGUGUGGCUUUAUCAUCAUUUGACCUUUCUUCACUUACUGGAAGUUUCAGUUGCAUACAGAUUUUCAGUAUUUCAAGUAACGCUGUGAUGAACCACUUUGUGCUUAAAAUAUUUGUAUGUUUCAGAUGAUCCCCUUAGCCUUUUAGUGCCAAAUUGCCAAAAAUUUCUGUUUGACCCUCCACACUGGUGCUGCCUUAGGGUAGUAAAACAAAAAAUAACAGAACCAACAGGCAUAUAAAUAAACCAUUAAAAACCCGUCAACCUGAUCCCCGUGGCCAUGGUAGGUGGGUACAGUAUGUUGUUAGAGCUUCGAAACUUGGUCUUCUCUCUGUGACUGUGAAUGUGCUGGUUGCCUCCUGCCUACUCCGUGUGACCCCCCCUUUCCCGUUAGUCUUGAAGUUGAAUAAAUACUCACUUUCCUUUGC